CUCAGAGAGCGCGCAUCGAGCCUCAGGAAAAGGAAGCGUCCCAGAAGUGUGACCGUGUGCAUCAUGCGCGUUCGGGGCGUAUCUCCAGGAAACGUCCGUAACGAGCCCUGGACGUCCAAAGGAGAUGCGCAGUUCAUAUGAAGUACUGUGUGCCUGAGGCUGCUCAUCACGAGCGUCCGUGGACCUGCAUCUGUGAGCUUCUUCCCUCUACAGCACGCCCAUGCGAUGUGGGGUCGAUUUGUGGUGGUCUGAGUGUGUGUGUGUGUGUGUGUGAGUGAGUGAGUGUGUGUGAAAUGCUCUCCUGGACCAGCUGGACCCGGAGAAUGUGAGCGAGACCAACCUGGAAGAAGAUCAAGGGCUGACGUGAAAUCGAAGCUCCCACCUGCCCAAGCUGUGCUCUAGCCUUGGACUCCAGACUCACCUUACUUUAGACAGGAGAGAAAGCAUGUGGAGCAGGGAAGGAAUGCUGGUCCGCGGACUUUGGGCAUGUAAGGUUCGUCUGGGGAAGCGAGGAGGGCACCCUGGGCUGGUCCCUGUCUUGUGCCUGCUAGUAUUCGUCUGUCUUCUUGCAGUCCUCUUCAUUGACUACAUUGAGUCCUGGAUGACCUCUCUAGGAAUGAGUAGUGUAGGAGGUGCCCAUGGAGGGGUUCUCCCUCAGAGCAUGCCUCCCACCCGCCCCGAGGAGUACCUCCUCAUGCCAAGUCCCCUUGUCUGCCAACGUGCCAAGCCAUACCUUAUUACCUUGGUGACCUCGGCCCCUGCCAACCAGAAGGCUCGCCAGGCUAUCCGUGACACCUGGGGUGGGGAAGUUCAAGUCAGAGGCCACAGGGUUAUGACCCUCUUCAUGGUGGGUCAGGCGUCAGACCCGGCUCUGGCCAAGCAACUAGUCGACGAGGCACGUGAGCGAGGGGACUUGGUGCAGGGUCGCUUCCUGGACUCCUACGCUAACUUGACGCUGAAGACGCUGUCCAUGCUGGCUUGGGCCCGGCGCUUCUGCCCACAGGCUCGCUUCCUAGCCAAAGUGGACGACGACGUGAUGUUUAACCCAAGCGCACUGUUACACUAUCUUAAUGUCAACUGGGUGGGAUCAGAGAAUGAACUCAUAGACCUUUAUCUAGGCCGGGUGCACAUGGGGGUGGCCCCAGACCGGAAUCCGGCCAGCAAGCACUUCUUCUCCGAAGCUGCUUUCGGAGGUACGGUCUUUCCCGAUUACUGCAGCGGAACGGCAUAUGUUCUUUCUCGGCCUGCUGUGCUAAGGCUAUCGCUAGCAGCUGCUGCCACACCUUUACCCAAACCCUUGCCUCCUGAGGAUGUGUUUGUGGGUUUGUGUGCCCACGCAGCAGGCAUCACUCCCACUCAUUGCCCGUUCUUUUCUGGAGGACCACCUGUGCCAUAUGGGCGCUGCUGCUACCAGGCCAUGGUGUCUGUUCACCACACUAAGCCAGAUGAAAUGCUCCGCUAUUGGGCAGAUGUGCAUUCCACAGGACCGUGCUCCUGGCUGGGGGUCCGGAUCUCACUUGGCAUUUGCAAAGUGAGAGCGAUUUUGGGAAACUGUCUGAGAUCUGGGUCAUAAACAUCUGGAGAAACACCUGGAGAUCCACAUCUCUGGCCUAAAAUC